AUGAUUCCACAUGCUAACGAAGACAUCACUCCUGACAUGGACGUGGCGCAGGGGGAAGAAGUGGGCGGCGACGACAGAAUUCAGACAUACCCAUCCCCUACAGCCAACAACCAAGAGACGACGUCCCAUUUCGACCACGACGGCGCUGAAAACGUCGCUCACGAUGUGCACGAUGUCAGCCACGAGGUGACGCACGAUGUCAUUGACGAAAGCCUGUACGAUGGCACACAUGACGACCACACUCCCCAUCCUCACGACAGCGAUGCCAACGCGCGAGAGCUCCAACACCACGAGCCUUCGGGGCCGCAACACCAUGCCUCACAUGCCGCCAGUGUAGAGGAGCUUCAACUCGCAGCCCAGCUUGGCCAGGAUCUUGCCUCGGAGCCCCUGUUGCCUGUGACGGACCCCAACAUGAAGUUUGACGACCCCAAUCUUCGAGGCAUCUUGCCACAAGCCGAAGACACCGACAUGCGCAACGAUUUGACUGAACCCGAAGACUCGCAAUCCCAUGCAUUCACAUCAGAGGAACCUGAUUCCGUAUCGCUGUCUGCAGCUCCUUUACAGUCUGCACCGCAGCCCUCGCUGCAGGCAGCAAUGCCCCAGGCCUCGAUACAGCAGACCCCCAUGCCGCAGGCGCAAAUGCAAAAUACGAUGCAGCAGGCGCCGAUGCAGCCUAAUCCUAUUCAACAAAAUUCCAUGCAAGCUCCGAUACAACAGCAGAACCCUACGCAGACACCGAUGCAGACACCAAUGCAGACACCGAACCAAACGCCCAUGCAGAAUUCUGGCCAAGUGCCCAUCAACCAUCACCAUCCUCAGCCAUAUCCGCAGAAUAACCAAGACGACAGCACUCCUCCAAGGAAGCGCUCCAAGGUUUCGCGCGCUUGCGACGAGUGUCGUAGGAAAAAGGUCAAAUGCGAUGCGCAGUCAGAUUUAGGCGACAACCCAUGCUCAAAUUGUAGACGGUCGGCUCAGCGCUGUUCCUUUAGUCGAAUUCCCCAGAAACGAGGACCGAGCAAAGGGUACAUAAAGGAGCUGGCCGAUCGCAUUCACAGUAUCGAAGGUAGACUAUGCGAGAACACUGGCGAAGAAGCCAGUCGCAAACGCACGUUCUCGAGCAUCUCUAGUGCUGAUAUUACGACGCCAACCGCCCCCCGCCAACCGCCGUCGACGUGGAGCUCAGAACCGCGCGAGGUCGACGAUGCCAACUUUCAAGGCUACUUGACAAUGGUGCACCCCUACCUACCUAUCCUGCCUGCCAGCAAGACUCGCCUGCAGGUUUAUCUUGCUCAAUGCCCUGGCAUGCUACGAGAGGCUUUCCUUGAAGCUCUCCACGGUACCAUGCAGUCCUUCCCAUCGUUCACCACGAUGGGUAUGGGCGACGCCAGUCUCGCAAUGAAGAUGCUGGUUGAGUGGGAAAUGAACGGGGAAGAGCCGCGGACGUCAGCUGCGCACUUCAUCCACCUGCAGACGCUUCUCCUGCUCUUCAUUGAGGCAAGCAACCGCCCUUCCAGCUGCGCCGGACAUAUUAAGGAAUCCUUGCUCGGCCGGGCCGUGUCAACUGCAUGGACCAUGAAGCUCUAUAGUGCUCAGGCCGGGUCUUCGCUUGAGCUCAACGGAGACGUCGAUGUCGAUUCUGAUACGCAUCUCCGUGUGCGGCUGUGGUGGUCUCUCGUGCUCCUUGACAGGUGGAACGCAGUAGGGUCCGGUACGCUCCCGAUGACCCGGACCGAGUCAACGGUCGUCAGCCCAGAUGUUGCAAAGGUCGUGGGCGAGACGACGUGGCAACUCAUUCGCGCAUCCAAAAUCCUCAACCAAGCCUGCAAUAUCAUUUCCGGCGCUCGCGCAACGUUGGGAUCAGUUACGUUCGCAGACGAAGUCCUCGGCGGGGUGCUCAACGAUUACGUUGAAAACUUUCGUGAAGAUCUGCCCCCACACAUCGAGCCAGCCGUCUUCCCUGUCGUCCACUUAGCGUACUGGCAUUCGCGUCUACUGGCGUACAUGUGUCACCCAGCGUCCAAGGCGACGGAUCUCCUCUGGCCUUGCAAGGAGCUAGUCAGCCUCGUGGCCGUCACGCCCCACGUGUCGAGCCCAAUGAGCCAUCACUUCACGGCGCUCCCCGCAAUGGCACUCAUCGAGUUGACCAAGGUCGAGGAGAUCAAGGAAGAGGCGUUCAAGCUGCUCAAGGAGCUGCGGUCUCUACUCACCUCGCCGGCAGCAUGGGACAUCAUAGUCAGCGAUAAAAUUGCUGAUCAUCUACGCUCCAUGGCCAAGAGCCAAGGCUUGCUGCAGCAACUAGCCGAUAUUGCCGCGUCUUCUGCGGCAGAGAAGGAGCAGGAGCAAGAGCAGGCGUCGGAGCAGGCGCCAGAGCUGAAAGCGAAGAUUGAGAGCAGCGGCGGCGGCGCCGCCGCCGCCGAAGAGGUUGGCGAAGACGGACUGCCGACGUAUCGCCUGCCGGCGGCGCACGAGGACACGAACUUCGACCCUAGAUAUUGCCUGACAGCGGGCUAUCUCAAAAGCGUCUGGACCAUCUGGGCGAGCAAUGUGCAGGCGUAG